AUGCACUUUCCCUCACCAACCGGACCCCACAGCUAUCGCCUCGACAGCACCCACUUCUCCCAUCUCCAGGAGCUCCGACGCUCUCUCUCGCGCUCACCAUCAAAACAGUCGCGUUUCCAACUCCGCAACUCCGACACGCCCCGCUCCCCCAUCUCUCCCCUCGCCAUUGCGCGCGCAUUCUCUCCCAAGGCGCUCAAGGUCACAAGCCCUCUCGCGGAUUUCCCUGAGUCACCACUGGCGCAAGCCGCCCCAGCCAACAAGAAGAAGUUCUCCUUGCGACGCUCAGGCCCCUUCCGGUCAUCACCGCGCACGCGCAACAGCAACUCCAAGAGCCCGCGUCGACGCGCCUUAGCCGAGUCUACCGACGUUGGCAACGCGACGCCCUUCAUUACGCGACAUUCACCCGGCCAAGAAAACACCCCCGCGCGACGACCGAGCGCAGAGUCCCCGGACACCAUGGACAUGGACAAGCGUCUUGAAGUAGACGACAAACCCAUCAAGUUCGAGUUUGCGCGUCGCCCCGAAUUGUCGCCCGCGCCUCCCGCAAAGUCAAGCCCACUCAAGCGCAACGACGGACUUAUGAAUCUCAGCGGAUCUCCCGGCAGCAGCCCUAUGGCGAAGCGCCGGAGUCUGCAUGGCGUCUCGAGCCUCGGAAACGACUUCGAGAGCAUAUUCGACCCAACCCCCGCACCGCGCAUCUCUGCUGAUGAGAGCUCGCGCCCGUUCAACGACAUGACCAACGGCUUUUGUUUCAACAGCUCACCUAUCUCUGGCGCGACAUCGCCCGUCCGUCGGACAACCUCAUUGCGGAGGUCGACACUGUCGCAGCGCUCCAACACUCCGCGCAAGCCAAGCCACGACGGUGAGUUCGCUAUGCCUGGACCGGCUGCCUCCAAGACUCGCAACCGCAUGUCGCUGGAUAGCACCGUGAACCAAUCGAUACAAACCCCACCCAUGCAGACGCCUUUCCGCAAAUCCACAUUCGACGCCGGGCGCAUGGGUCUGCCAACACCAUUCCCUCGUGGUGGAGCACAACCUCACCCACUAUCACAUGCGCAUACACCAGCAUCUGCUUCCUCAAGCGUACACGGCACACCAAUGGCCCCUCCCCGAGCUCCAGCCGUUCAAUGGGGUGGCCCUGCAUUCCCCCCGCCUCCGAUGUCCUCUAACCCACAUUUCUCUCGCUCACUACCGAUCGGUAUCGGACGCCCGUUUGCACCAGACGGUGAGCAAUCGUCGCAGGACUCAUUCGACACACCUUUUAAGAUUGCGCCGGCGGCACCUGUCGCCUUCUCUACUGGCCUCUUGUCCAAGAAGAACCGUAAUGCCGACGAGCCAGCAGCAGGUGGCGUCUAUGUCAUGCCCGACACGCCAUCGAAGCGCCAGUCGUUCCCUCCAGCUUCAGGAGACCGCACAGUCAACAUUGACACACCCUUGGUCAAGAGGAGUGGCAGUCUCUUCGGCAAUGAAUCUCGACCACAGCAUCAGUUUGGUACGCCUAGCACGCCAUUCAGUGCGAGUGUAUCAAAUGUGUCAAAGUUCACAACAGACUCAUUCGGUAAGCGACCAAGCAUCUUCGGUGGCAUGGGCAGUACCAUGCAACGCCGAGGCAGCUUUGUAAGUAUCGACGGAGACAAUGACGAAGAUGCCCAGCCGGACACACAAUCACCGACGGCGAACCGGAUGGGUGACAGUCAAUUGAGUGCGGAUGACACACCACCUACCCCAACCAAACCUAGUAAUGGAUCUAGUCGUCGUUCCAAGGAGAGCAGCCUGCGCCGUAAGACGUUCCGCUCGCGCCCUUCUAUUGGCCAAGAUACAUUUGCAGUACCCGACAAUGACGGUCGGCCGACGAGUAAGUACAUAUCUCAUACAGAUCUAGUUGAUUUUCCGGAUGAAGACAGCUCGUCAGAAGACGAGGAGUCCAAGUCAACGGUUAACAAGUCCCCUUCUGCACAUGCUCUCAGCGCGAAUCAAAGUCGGCUGUUGCGGCAAACCAAUGCUGUGGCUCACCCUCUGUCAUUUUCGCGGCGGGUUGCCCGUACACCUCUUCAGUCACUGAAUAGCGAGAGCAACACUAAACAUUCUACAGCAGCUGGAAGUCUCUUUGGCGCGCCAUCACCACAUACCCCCGCGCACGAAUCUUCCGCUCCCCCCGACGCGAGCAAGCUAUCAAUCUCCGGCAACAGACGGGGAUCUUUCCCUUUCAACAGCAGCUUUGGCUCUUUCGCGCCUGCCACACCGACAACACCACGUGACUCCGGCUUCUUCGGUAGUGUCCAGGGCGCAAUUCCCAUCGGCCUAACAAAGAACGACGUGGAUGAAUCCUUGAGUGAAAGGUUCCACGAGAUCAAGCCUCUUGAUGGCGGAGAGGGCGAGUUUUCUACAGUCUACCGUGUGAGCCAGCCGGUCAAGAUCUCGCCGCUAAGGUCACCCGCUGGCAACCAGGUAUGGGUUGUAAAGAAGUCGAAGAAGCCGUACAUUGGUGCAGGCGACCGCCAGAAGAAGAUGCGUGAGGUCGAUAUCCUCUACGCUCUUCAAGGCCACGAGCAUGUGUUGGACAUCAAAACCCACUGGGAGUUUGACCAGCACCUAUACAUCCAGACUGAGUAUUGUGAGGGCGGUAACUUGAGGAAAUACCUCGACACCGUUGGCUUUAAUAGCCGUCUCGAUGACUUCCGCAUCUGGAAGAUCCUGCUCGAGCUUUCCAUGGGUCUCAAGGCCAUUCACGACGCUGGCUAUAUUCAUCUUGACCUUAAGCCCGCCAACAUCCUCAUCGACUUUGAGGGUGGACUCAAGAUCGCAGACUUUGGUCUAGCGAGUCAGUGGCCAGCUCCAGCUGGUAUCGAUGGCGAAGGCGACCGUCAUUAUCUCGCACCCGAGCAACUCUCCGGCCGAUUCGACAAGCCUGCCGAUGUCUUUGCACUUGGCAUGAUGCUCGCUGAAAUUGCUGGCAAUUGCGUUAUCCCCGAGAAUGGCGACUACUGGCAAAAGCUACGAUCUGGCGAGUUUGAGAGCGUACUCCCCAGCCUUACUUGGAGCGCCGACAGCAGCACCCUCAGUCGCGACGUCCAUGGCGACCCUGUCUCUGAACAGGCAAGGCCUUCCAUGGACGGCUUCCUCAUGUCGGAUGCUGCUGAAGACUCGAUGGCCUCCAUUAUGGUCAAGCCGGCCUCUAACCCCGAAGAGGAGCUGGCUCGCGCGCCUUCAUUCAUGGUGCAGCGCAACGACCCCAACUCUAUGGACCACGUCGUCUACGCCAUGCUGAACCGAGACCCCGAAAUGCGACCAACUGCGGAGCAAGUGCUCCAAUGUUACGGUUGCCGAUGGGUCGAGUCAAGACGCCGAGCUGGUGCCACCAUCUAUGAGGGCAACUUCGGGCCCAGCGACGAAGUUCUUGCCACUUACACUGGUGAUCACCAGGACAGUGUCUUCGAAGACAUGAUGGACAUGAGCUAA